GGAUGACAUAGAGAAGCUGCUGGGGGACAAGGCGUGGUGCAUCAGCUACAAGGACAGCGCCUGCCGCUGCUUCGGCUUCCUGGUGUCUAAGAAGCGCUACGUCUUCACGAUUGAUGACGACUGCUUCGUUGCAAAGAACCCACGAGGGGAGGUGAGAGCCUGA